GGCCGCUCCGGGUCCCUGGGUCUUUUGCUCAGAUAGGACUCUGGUCCGGGCUUGACAGACGACUUUCGCGAACUAACCACCAGGAGGAGUGAGUGGGAAGGGGAGGGGUUUGUGAUCGGCCUGAGGAGGGUGGAGUAUUGGCUGGAGAGUUUGUGAAAAGUUCUGAGACGAGCAGGAGGAAGUGGGGACCGACCAGUUGAGCUGCACCAGAGGCCGGGGAGCGAGGGGGUUCUCAAGUGACCCCUGGGAAACUCCGGUGUCGGGAAGGAGCCGAGUGCCUACAUGAAAGGAGGGACCUUCUCGGAAGUUCGCCCCUACCUGAGCCGGUAACCCCAGCUUCAGGAUCCGCGGCACUUCCCCCGCGUGCUGGCUCGGUGGCCGCGUCUCCACACGACCCGUGAGGAUCCGGAUGGCCGUGAGGUGGACCUGGGCAGGCAAGAGCUGCCUUCUGCUGGCCCUUUUAACACUGGCUUAUAUUCUGGUGGAGUUCUCAGUCUCCACUUUGUAUGCUUCUCCAGGAGCCGGCCGUGCCAGGGAGCUGGGGCCAAGGCAGCUCCCGGACCUUGAGACAAGGGAAGAGGAUUUGUCUCGGCCUCUUUAUAUAAAGCCCCCUGCAGAUUCCCAUGCUCUUGGGGAGUGGGGGAGAGCAAGCAAACUCCAGCUCAACGAGGGUGAACUGAAGCAGCAAGAAGAACUCAUUGAGAAAUAUGCCAUCAACAUUUACCUCAGUGACAGGAUCUCUCUGCACCGCCACAUAGAGGAUAAAAGAAUGUAUGAGUGUAAAGCCAAGAAAUUCCACUACAGGUCGCUCCCCACCACCUCCGUUAUCAUCGCCUUCUAUAACGAGGCCUGGUCCACUCUGCUUCGAACCGUUCACAGUGUCUUAGAAACUUCUCCAGCUGUGCUUUUAAAGGAGAUCAUCUUGGUGGAUGACUUGAGUGACAGAAUUUAUUUGAAGGCACAACUUGAAACUUACAUCAGCAAGCUGGAGAGAGUUCGCUUGAUUAGAACCAAUAAGAGAGAGGGGCUGGUCCGGGCCCGGCUAAUUGGGGCUACUUUUGCCACAGGCGAUGUCCUCACUUUCCUGGAUUGUCACUGUGAGUGUAACACUGGUUGGUUGGAACCACUUUUGGAGAGGAUCAGUAGAGACGAAACCGCAAUUGUAUGUCCUGUCAUCGACACUAUUGACUGGAACACUUUUGAAUUCUACAUGCAGACCGGGGAGCCCAUGAUUGGUGGGUUUGACUGGCGUUUGACCUUCCAGUGGCAUUCUGUCCCUAAACAUGAAAGGGACAGGCGGACGUCAAGAAUUGACCCCAUCAGGUCCCCCACCAUGGCAGGAGGACUGUUUGCUGUCAGCAAGAAGUAUUUCCAGUACCUGGGCACCUAUGACACUGGCAUGGAAGUCUGGGGAGGUGAAAACCUUGAGCUGUCUUUCAGGGUUUGGCAGUGCGGAGGCAAGCUGGAGAUCCACCCGUGCUCACAUGUGGGCCACGUGUUUCCCAAGCGCGCGCCCUAUGCUCGCCCCAACUUCUUACAGAAUACUGCGCGGGCAGCCGAAGUGUGGAUGGAUGACUACAAAGAGCAUUUCUAUAACCGAAACCCCCCAGCUCGGAAAGAGGCCUAUGGAGAUCUUUCUGAAAGGAAGUUACUGAGGGAACGGCUGAAAUGUAAGAGCUUCGACUGGUAUUUGAAAAAUGUGUUCUCUAACUUACACGUCCCAGAGGAUAGACCUGGCUGGCACGGAGCCAUCCGCAGCAUGGGCAUCUCUUCCGAGUGCUUAGAUUAUAAUGCUCCCGACAACAACCCCACAGGGGCCAACCUUUCGUUGUUUGGAUGUCACGGUCAAGGAGGCAAUCAGUUCUUUGAAUAUACUUCAAACAAAGAAAUCAGAUUCAAUUCCGUGACUGAAUUAUGUGCAGAAGUCCCCCAACAAAAGGAUUAUGUAGGGAUGCAAAACUGCCCCAAAGAUGGGCUCCCUGUUCCAGUGAACAUCAUUUGGCAUUUUAAAGAAGACGGAACGAUUUUUCACCCUCACACCAGACUGUGUCUUAGUGCUUACCGGACAGCCGAGGGCCGACCUAGUGUCCAGAUGAAAACGUGUGAUGCCCUUGAUAAGAACCAGCUCUGGAGGUUUGAGAAAUAGGCAAGCAGCAGAGCACCUUCCUCUCCCGGAGCUGACGGUAGCCUCCGUAAAGUCACCGUGCCCUGGAUGACUGUAUUUUACCAGAAGUCACCUGGCAGCUGUCUGUAAGAACACUGGAAAGUCAUGGUUCAUCUGGGGAUAUCACUCUGAAGCUGGGUACAUAGAGCACCGCUGCUUAAUAUCUCAAAGUGCCUUCUUUGCUCUCGGGUUGUUUUAUUUAAAAGCUUUGUCAAUAUGGUCUCCUGCAACUCCUUAAAGAAAGCUGCUGUGAACUGAGAUGCACAAAACACUCAAGUGUGGGCUGAGGGUGUAGCUCAGCAGUAGAAUACUUAGCUAGCAUGUGCAAGACCCUAAGUUUGACCCAUGGCACCACAAACUAUGUGCAAGACUUAAUAUUUAGAACAUAAAAGUCCAGGCAAAAUGGGGUAUGAUUCAUUCUGAUUGGUAAAUUCAUUGCCUGUACUUUUCUUUCUUUC